CUUUUGUCAAUAAUUGAAAAACGUAUCUUAAAGUGAGAUGUUUUUGGCAUGUAGUUAUCUUCCUUAAAGCACUGAAAUAAAAAAACUUUUUUAAAGGAUUUUAAAUUUUAUUCAAAUAAAAAAAAAACCUGUUUACAAAAUAUCUACUUCAUUCUACAAAGUAUUACUCAAAUCUAUAGACGAGUUUUUAAUCUAUAAGACUCCAUUAACUUCUUCCAAACCAAACCUCCGUAUCCUUCUCAUGCUUCCAACUAGUUUUUCUUCUCAAGGAUGAGAUUCUAUUCCAAACCAGCUUAUCUAAUUUCGCAAUCAGACAUGUUGCUGGCUGAGACGGAUCACCCACUCUUCUUACAUUUCUCUCAUGCCAUAUCGCAUAAGUCGCAGCUUGGAAACAAUAUCUCACGGAUCACCCACUCUUCUUACAUUUCUCUCAUGCCAUAUCGCAUAAGUCGCAGCUUGGAAACAAUAUCUCAGUAGAAAUGUCACAGUUCUCUCUUGAAAUCCAUUCACCAAUGCCUGAAUCACAUGACACCAUUGACAUAAACUUCUAUUACCCGCCAGACCUCCAAUAGUCCCACACCAAACUUCUUUCGAGUAUCAACACUCAAAGAACAUAUGAUCUCUCGAUUCUGUUGCAGAUUUACAAAGCCAUCAAGUGGAUAUGACCUGAGGGUUCCAUCUGAGUAUCCUAUCCCCAGUCGAUAGCCUGUUGUGAAUAGCAAUCCAAGUGAUAAAAGAGAAUUUAGGAGUGGCUUCAGUAAACCAAAUUCCUUUGAACCAUAAUACUUUUGGCGACUGAGCUCUUAUAGAUUCCAUGUUUGAGAUGUGAGAAAACCGGAUUUGAAAUCUCCAUUCUCCUUUUUCCAUAGACAAGUAUCCUCCAUCUGAUUGAGACCUAUGUUUUUUUGAAACAGAAUUUCCUGUUCUAUAGAAAAUUUGGUGUGGGACUGACUAUUGGAGGUCUGGCAGGUAAUAGAAGUUUAUGUCAAUGGUCUCAUGUGAUUCAGGCAUUGGUGAAUGGAUUUCAACUUCAAGAGAGAACUGUGACAUUUCUAUUGAGAUAAUUACAGAAACAGAAAAUACAAAUUCAACACAUAGCACUCCUUUUAGACAGAGUCAACGAUAACAUCAACCGCACCAGCUCCGUCCAUCACACGAAAGAAAACACUUAAUUACCAAAACAUCCUUAUCAACAAUUCCACCAGAAAGGGUAUAUUCGACACUUAAAACAGAUCAAAGGUUAAAACCCCGGGAAAAGGAGGUUCGAAGAAGAACACAUCAGCUGCUCUCUGCUUCUUCAGUUCAUUAAAAAACAUACCAAAAUCAAAUCUUUGCAUUAUGUUCCUGAGGUUCUUACGGAACUGAAACUAAAGGAAAUUAAACAAAGACGUUACUUUUACUUUUAAUUAAAUUUAAUUUUCCUCGGUUCGAUCUCUCUGUAAAUGAGCUAAUCGUACAUGGCUGCCUUGUUUCACCAGCUUAUUUUCUUCUUAUGCGUCGUCGUUUCACCUUUACGUUCUUUUUCACAAUCUCAGAACAUCGAGGCUUUCUUCCCACUCAACGAACUCCCCCCCCUGUUCCUCCGCCACGUGUCCCACCGAUAAACCCGGCUCCGUCGUCGUCGGAUAGAAGCAAGAUCACGAAAGUUGUACUUGUAGCUGCAGCGUUUUUCUUCUUCUUCCAUAAAUGCGUCAUCGCGCGGCGGCGACGGAGAGACAACAAAGACGGCGUCGAGAACACCUUACCUCCGAUUCCUCCUCCGGAGACGGUGGAAACAACUUUGUCUCGAGAAGGUUUCACGCGGCUUGUAGGUAACGUGAAAGGUCUGAUCCUUGACAAGAACGGCCUCGACGUGUUGUACUGGAGAAAUCUGCAGAGUCAGAGAAUAAGCGGAGGCUUCCAGAAGGAGAUCCUCGCCGGGGAAGACAGUGGUAGUCAAGAGAAAGAAGUGGUCACUGAGAUUCCUCACCUCGGAGGAAGAUCAUCGACUUCUCGCAGUAUAAUCCAUAACGAUUCCUUCGAGAUGCCGCCACCGCCAAUUCUGGUGAAGAAAAGUGCACCAGCUCCGCCACCUCCGCCUCCUCCUAAGAAGGUUCCUUCUCCUUCACCACUGCCACCACCUCCAACGGUGAAAAAGGCGGCGGCUUUAUCCUCAUCGGCAUUGAGACCACCGCCUGCACCGGGAGGAUCAAGUGGAAGUGGUCAGGUGAAGCUAAAGCCUCUACAUUGGGAUAAAGUAAACCCUAAACCAACCUCGCUGAAGCAGAUCUUCAUCCUCGAUCCAAGAAAAUCUCAGAACUCAGCGAUUGUGAUCACAUCCCUAGGCAUGACACGCGAAAAGCUCGUCGAAGCACUCAUUAAAGGACAAGACUUCGCUGCGGAGACACUCGAGUGUUGACAUGAAGCAAAAGUAAGCUGCCAGACUUGAGAAGUAAACUGCCAAACUUGAGAAUUAAGCUAGAGACUUAUAAGGUUUUAUAAGGUUUUAUAAGGAUUACUAUACUGGAGUAUUUUAUUGAAGAGAAGGAGAAGAGAGAAGAAGACAAUUGAAGAUAUUUUAAAACAAUGAAUAUUUUAUUUAUUGUGUACUGAGGCAACUUGCCUUUAAAUACUUGCAUCCAGAUCUACAAUUAAAUUAAGGAAACUAUUCUCUCUUUCUCUCUCUCUUACAUUUUGAAAUCUACAUCUCUCUCAUACUUUCUCUUUCCCUCAUGUUCUUCAUUCUCCAGAAAUAAACUCUCAAUAAUUCUCUCAUUCUAACAUGGUAUCAGAGGAAUAAGCUCUUGAACCUCACAAAACCUUCCGUAAAUUUCUUUAUUUCUUUCUCAGAUUAUCUUCAAAAUCUGUUGGAUACAUCCUUUUAUCCACUGGUCCAAAAGUCUUUCAAAAGAGAAGAACCUCACCAGAACUCAAGAUAGAGGAGUAUCCUAUUCUCUGGAACUCAAGAAAGCUUCAGCCAUAUCAGGAAAAGCUUCAUCAGAGUCCAGUUUAUCUCAAAAUCAGUAGGAACAAUCUAUUGUCCACUGGUCCAUAUCUCUUCAUGAGGAAGAACUCCAACAUGGUGUUGUUUCCAGAGUACAAGAAGGCUAAGGAACAACAUAAGAAGUGCAAUAUGCCAAGAAGAAGUCACUUGAAUCAAGCCAGGAAUGUAAUCAAGGAGUUUGAGCAUCCAUCGAUUCAAGGUCGAACCAUGUAUUCAUCUGUCAUUGGUGGUUCAAAUGAAGAAGAAACAUGGAGAAGUACUGAUAGUGCAGCCAACACUGAUGGUUCAGCAACCAUGAGUGACCUACAUUCCCUUAUCCAAGCCUUUAUCUCAUCAAAGAAGGCUGGUUCACACUCUCUUGACCCUAAACCUAUCAUUAUAGAUUCAGGAGCAAGCCAUCACAUGAUUAGUGAUAGGAACUUGAUUAGUGAUGUCCAGCCUGCCUCAGGGAAUGUUCAAAUAGCAAAUGGUGAUAAGAUUAAGAUAGAAGGGAUAGGGAACCUGAGGUUGUUUGAUAGGGAAUCUACUGCCUUGUAUAUGCCUCAGCUUACAUCAAACUUGCUAUCUGUGAGAAAGGCUACUAUUGAUCUGAGUUGUCAGGUUGUCUUCAGACCAUAUGAGGUUGAAUUUCAAGACUUAAAGACAGGCUAAGUGAUUGGAAAGGGGCACGUUCACAAUGAACUCUAUCAUCUUCAGAAGACAGAGAUGUCUAGACCUUCCACUUCUCAGUGUUUGGCUAGUACAUCCAGCGGGGUUGAUAGCACACUAUGGCAUGCUAGAUUGGGACAUCCUCAUACAAGAGCCCUAAACUUGAUGCUUCCAGGUGCGGUCUUCAAGAAUGAUGAUUGUGAAGCUUGCAUAUUGGGGAAGCAUUGUAGAACAGUCUUCCCAUAGUCUAGCACCAUAUAUGAAAGAUGUUUUGACCUAGUUCACUCUGAUGUAUGGACUGCUCCAUGUGUGUCCAGAGAGAACCACAAAUACUUUGUCACCUUCAUUGACGAGAAAUCCAAAUACACUUGGGUGACACUGAUUCCGUCUAAGGACAAGGUGUUUGAUGCUUUCAAGAAUUUCCAGACCCAUAUCUGCAACCAUUUCAAUGCCAAGAUGAAAAUUCUAAGGUCAGAUAAUGGUGGAGAGUAUACAAGUCAUGCAUUCAAGCAAUAUGUUGCUCAACAUGGGAUUACUCACCAGACAAGCUGUCCUUACACUCCUCAGUAGAAUGGAGUUGCUGAGAGGAAGAACAUACAUUUGAUGGAGGUAGCAAGAUCAAUGAUGUUCUACACCAAUGUUCCAAAAAGAUUCUGGAGUGAUGCUGUGAUGUCUGCUACUUAUCUGAUCAAUAGAACUCCAACUAAAGUCCUCAACGACAUGUCUCCUUUUGAGGUCCUAAACAAGACCAAACCAUCUUUGGACCACUUGCGUGUGUUUGGAUGCCUCUGUUUUGUGAUGAUACCUGGGGAGCUGAGGAACAAGCUUGAUGCUAAAAGCUCAAAAGCUAUGUUCAUUGGUUACUCUCCAACUCAGAAGGGGUAUAAGUGCUAUGAUCCAGAGUCAAGAAGGGUUCUUGUCUCAAGGGAUGUGAAGUUUGUAGAAUCUAGAGGCUAUUAUGAUGGAAAGAGUUGGGAAGAGCUCAAAGAUCUUUCUCAAUCAGCCUCAGAUAGAGCAAACAACCUUAGGAGAGUAAUGGAGAGCCUGAGAAUCAGUAUGCCCUCUUUACCAAGGGUGGAACCUGUCCCUGAAAAUGUAUCAUCUACUGCAGCUGAUAGUGUUGAGAGCACUCAUCCUGAUCAUGAGAGGGGCAGUAAAAAUGUUGAGCAAUCUACACAAGCUCAACCUGAAGAGAACUCAGUAGCUCAUGAUCAAGAUGAGAUGCCAUCAGAAUCAGAUGUUGAGACUCAAGUAGAGGCGCCAAGUGAAGGAAAUGAAGCAGAACCUGAGCAGAUACAGACUCAAGUAGAGGCGCCAAGUGAAGGAAAUGAAGCAGAACCUGAGCAGAUACAACCUUUGAGAAGGAGUACAAGGAUCAGAAAACCCUCACAAUGGAUCAAUACAAAAGUUUACUUCAAUGCUGAAGCUGUAGCUCACCCAAUAAGUGCAGUAUGCUCCCUUGCUCAAUAUCCAUAAGAUCAUCAAGUCUUCAUCAGUGAAUUGGAUCAGGAAUACAUUCCAAGAACAUAUGAAGAAGCUAUGCAACACAAGGAGUGGAGAGAAUCUGUUGGAGAUGAGAUGGGAGCCAUGAUCAAGAAUGAUACAUGGUUGAGACUGAACUUCCAAAAGGAAAGAAUGCAAUGAUAAGUCGGCUUCUCUUCACCAUCAAGUACCUAGCUAAUGGGAAACCAGAAAGGAAGAAGACAAGGCUGGUUGCAAGAGGAUAUACCCAAGUCUAUGGAGAAGACUAUUUAGACACCUUUGCACCAGUAGCUAAGCUCCACACCAUAAGAAUUCUGCUCUCUUUGGCUGUGAAUUUGGAAUGGGAUCUAUGGCAGAUGGAUGUCAAGAAUGCAUUUCUACAAGGAAAGCUUGAGGAUGAGGUGUAUAUGAGACCACCACCUGGUAUGGAAGACAUGGUCAAGCCAGGAAAUGUCCUAAGGCUGAAGAAAGCAAUCUAUGGAUUAAAACAGUCUCCAAGAGCUUGGUAUCACAAGCUGAGUACAACCCUCAAUGGAAAAGGGUUUGUAAAGUCAGAAGUUGAUCACACACUCUUUACCCUCACAAGUAAGCAAGGAAUUGUGGUGAUUAUGAUCUAUGUAGAUGAUAUCAUCAUCACAGGAAGUGACAAGGAAGGUAUCAUCUCUACUAAAGUUUUUCUUAAGUCUACCUUUGAUAUUAAAGAUUUGGGUGAGCUAAAGUACUUUCUAGGGAUAGAAAUAUGCCGCUCUAAACAUGGGCUUUUCUUAUCUCAAAGAAAGUACACACUUGACCUUUUAAAAGAGGCAGGUGAACUUGGAGCAAGAGUAGCUAAGACACCACUUGAAAAAGGUUGCAAGGUCUUGCGUGAGAGGGAGUUUGAGGAUACUCCAUUUGGCGACUUCAAGCUCUAUAGAAGGAUGGUUGGGAAGCUAAUCUAUCUCACCAUUACAAGACCAGACAUCUGUUUUGCUGUGAAUCAAGCCAGUCAACAUAUGCAAGCACCAAAGGUUCAUCAUUGGAAUAUGGUGGAAAGGAUCAUGAGAUAUCUAAGAGAGGUUCCUGGUCAAGGUGUUUGGAUGGGUUGCAAUAAGAGUACAUAGAUACUGGGAUAUUGUGAUGCUGAUUGGGCUGGUGAUAGAGUAGACAGAAGGUCAACAACAGGCUAUUGUACUUUCAUUGGAGGCAACCUAGUCACAUGGAAGAGCAAGAAGCAAAAGGUGGUAUCAUGUUCAAGUGCAAAGGCAGAGUAUAGGGCAAUGAGGAAGUUAACUAGUGAACUCAUUUGGAUCAGGAACCUGCUAAGAGACUUGGGCAUAGAAGCAACAACACCAAUCAUAAUGCAUUGUGAUAACCAGACAGCUAUCCACAUAGCAUCAAACUCAGUAUUCCAUGAAAUGAUUAAACACAUUGAAGUUGAUUGUCAUAAAGUGAGACAAGCUGUGGAGCAGAAGAUCAUUUUACCCUGCUAUACUAGAAGUGAAUAUCAGUUAGCUGAUAUCUUCAGCAAGGCAGCAAGCACUAAAGUCUGUGAGUUCAUUCAUCCAAAAUUUGGACUCAUAGACCUCUCAUGUCACUGAUAUCUCCUUCAUGAAGUGUUCUACUCUUUUUCCUUGAUUUGGGGUUUUUUCCAAAGGGUUUUACCUAGUUGAGAUUUUAAUGAAGGAAUACUUCAUGGCUUCCAAGCUUAACUUGUUCCAUAUGGUCAAGCUUGAGGAGGAGUGUUGACAUGAAACAGAAGUAAACUGCCAGACUUUAGAAGUAAACUGCCAGACUUGAGAAUUAAGCUAGAGAGUUAUAAGGUUUUAUAAGAAUUACUAUACUGGAGUAUUUUAUUGAAGAGAAGAAGAAGAGAGAAGAACACCAUUGAAAUAUUUUAAACAAUGAAUAUUUUAUUUAUUGUGUACAGAGACAACUUGCUUUUAAAUACUUGUAUCCAGAUUUACAAUUAAAUUAAAGAAACUAUUAUCUCGUUCUCUCUCUUACAUUUUGAAAUCUAUAUAUCUCUCAUACUUUCCAUUUCCCUCAUGUUCUUCGUUUUUCAGAAAUAAACUCUUAAUAAUUCUGUCGUCGGAAUAGCUCCCACGAAAGAAGAACAAUCAGCGAUUCUUGGAUUCGACGGGGACGUCGCGAAACUCGCUGAAGCUGAAUCAUUUCUGUUUCAUCUCCUCAAAGCGGUGCCAACCGCGUUUGCACGGGUAAACCCGUUUCUCUUCAAAGCUAAUUACUAUCCAGAGAUCGCUCACCAUAGCAAGUGUCUCCAGACGCUGGAUUCAGCAUGUAAAGAGCUGAGAUCGCGCGGUUUGUUCGUGAAGCUUUUGGAGGCGAUUUUAAAAGCUCGUAAUAGAAUGAACGCAGGAACCGCGAGAGGUAACGCUCAUGCGUGUAAUCUAACCGCGCUUUUGAAACUCUCGGUCUCGGACGUUAAGAGCGUUGAUGGGAAGACUACUCUGCUUAACUUCGUGGUGGAGGAAGUCGUUAGGCCGGAAGGAAAACGCUGAGUUUUGAACAAAAGAAGCAAUAGCAUUACACGUACUAGUAGUAGUAGUAACACUCCUCAGCCUCAAGCUAUGACUAAAGAGGAGCAAGAGAAAGAGCUCUUGAAGCUUGGUUUACCUAUAGUCGGAGGACUAAGCUGUGAGUUUUCAAACGUGAAGAAAGCAGCAAGUGUAGACCAUGCCACAGUUGAUGCGACUUGCUCGGGUCUUGAGGUUAGAGCGAAAGACGCGAGAAAGUUGAUUGCACAGUGUGAAGGAGGAAGGUUUGUUGAGAAGAUGAUGACGUUUCUUGAAUCAGCAGAGGAAGAAAGAGUGUGAGAGUUUCUUGCCAUGGUUGAUAAAGUAUGCUUAGAUGUUAUGAGGAGUCUGCAGAGGAGGAAUAUAGCGAGUUCCGCGUCGCCUUCAAGACAGAGAACCGGCUUUAAGUUCCCGGUUUUGCCUCCAAAUUUCAUGUCGGAUAGGUCUUGGAGUGACUCCGGUGAAUCGGAUUCUGAUAUGUGAGAGUCUAGGUUUCUUUUUCUGUAGAUAAUAGAAUCAUGGAGUAUUGAUCUUUUAUUGAAAGGUAUAGAAUCGUGGAUAGAUUUAUAUGAUAGAUCCUUAAGUCAUGACAGAACACAAUGCAAAACACUAUCUUGUUGUCUACUAGUAGAGUCGCUUGGUUUCUCAAAGCAUUGAUAAGUCUCAACAUUUUUUGCAAACGUUCUAUCUUUUAUAAAAGCCUAUGAACAGUUGAACACACACAAGAAUCAACUAAGUAAUCAAGAAACGAAGACAUACAUAGAAAGCCCUUAGUGGAGGACAUGUUGGGGAAACGGAUACUUGAUGUAAGAUAUAAUGGUCCCAAUGGUAAACCAAAUUAACAUUUCAUAAGGCAGAUCUUUGACUCAGAGGAGUAGAUAAUAUUCUACUCCCUAAUGCAUAUCGUUUGCUGGCUCAACGAUAUUAAAUAAAACUUAAUUAAGGUUUGAUCAUUCAUUGUUCAGCACUUCUAUUGUUUUUUUUUCUCUGCCUUGACUCCCUCCUGGAGACUUUUAUCUUGGCAUGAAAAUUUGGUUGUGUUAUCAAAGAUCAAUCAAUGAUGUUUCAGCUAAUUAUGGUAUUGUUGUUGUUCCUGUUCACCCCCAAGAAGGUAGUUUGUCAGGGAACAAACACAAACGAUGGAGAGUUAAACUUCAACGGAGGAAAAAAUCUGUAUACCACUGGAUCAGCGAAUCUAAACAAUAAUGGUUUGCUCACACUGACGAAUUCUACACCACGAACAACUGGUCAGGUAUUCUAUAAUCGUCCACUUCAGUUCAAGGACUCUAUUAAUGGUACAGCCUACUCCUUCUCCACCACUUUUGUUUUCGCUAUUGAGUUUCAUAAUGGGUCUUAUGGAGGAUUUGGACUUGCCUUUGUUAUUAGUCCUACGAGAGGCUUUCCUAUAUCUUUUCCACGCAACUAUCUUGGCAUUUUCAAUAUAAGCAACAUGGGAUAUCCCUCAAAUCAUAUUGUAGCUAUUGAACUUGAUACUACCUUUGACCAACCAUUAGGGGACAUAGAUGCCAACCAUGUGGGCAUUGACAUCAAUAGCUUGGUUUCAGACAAAGCUGACUCAGCACAUUAUUUCAAGGAUGAUGGUACACCUACAAACCUUUCUCUUUCCAGUGGAGAUCUUAUGCAGCUGUGGGUUGAAUAUGACAGCAAACAUAAACAGCUUAAUGUCACACUUCAUCCUCUUCUUGUCCCUAAACCAAAGAUUCCACUCCUUUCUCUGCAAAAGGAUCUUUCUCAGUAUUUGCUUGAAUAUAUGUACAUUGGCUUCACAUCAGCGACGGGGGAGCUAACUGCAUCUCAUUAUAUAUUUGAUUGGAAGUUCAAGAUGAACGGGACGGUUUCAGAUAUAAACCACUCUCGUCUUCCAAAAAUUCCCUUGGAGGAUCAGCUAGAGAGCCAUAGUCUAAAGAGAAUUUUAAUAAUCAGUUUGAGUGUUUCAGGCGCAAUACUUGUCAUCUUCCUGAUUCUUGGUUUAUGGCUCUUCCUGAAGAAGAAGAAGUUGAUGGAAGUUCUUGAAGACUGGGAGGUACAGUUUGGUCCACAUAGGUUUGCUUACAAAGAUCUACACACUGCCACAAAGGGUUUCAAGGGCACUGAGCUUCUCGGUAGAGGAGGAUUUGGGAAAGUCUACAAGGGUACAUUACCAGUUUCUAACAUAGAGAUUGCUGUGAAGAGAGUUUCUCAUGAUUCAAGACAAGGAAUGAGAGAGUUCAUUGCUGAGAUCGCAACCAUUGGCAGACUCAGACACCCUAACUUAGUUCAGCUCCAAGGCUACUGCAGACACAAAGGUGAACUCUACUUGGUAUAUGACUGUAUGCCAAAAGGAAGCCUUGAUAAGUUACUUUACCACCAACAACCAAUGGAAAUUCUAGAUUGGUCUCAAAGAUUCAAGAUCAUCAAAGAUGUAUCUUAUGGGCUCUGCUACUUGCACGAGCAAUGGGUGCAGGUCAUUAUCCACAGGGACAUUAAGCCAGCCAACAUUCUUCUUGACCACAAUAUGAACGCUAAACUUGGUGACUUUGGUCUUGCAAAGCUCUACGAUCAUGGUAUUGAUCCUCAGACCUCUCACGUGGCAGGCACACUUGGUUACAUUUCACCUGAGCUCUCAAGAACAGGAAAGGCAAGUACAAGCUCUGAUGUAUUUGCACUUGGAGUGGUAAUGCUAGAGAUUACAUGUGGACGAAAACCCAUAUUGCCACGAGCAUCGCAAAGCAAGAUGGUUCUGAAUGACUGGGUGCUAGAGUGUUGGGAGAACGGAGAUAUAAUGCAGGUACUUGAUCAUAAGAUAGGGCAUGAGUAUAUUGAGAAGCAAGUGGCGUUGGUUUUAAAGCUUGGCCUACUCUGCUCACAUCCGGUAGCAGCCAUGAGGCCAAGCAUGUCCAGCGUCAUUCAAAAUUUGGAUAAUGUGGUACAGCUUCCUCAUGAAAGAUCAAGAAAUUAAAGGAGGUGGUGAAGCACCGGAUUCUCCUGCAUCCAGAUCCAUUACUCCAUUGACCUUUACAGAAUCGUUUCUCUCUCGUGGGCGGUAAAGACUAAAACCACACACUAACUUGAAAUCAUCUUUAUGUCCAAAAUUUGAGACUGUAUACUAACCAACAAUGGUUUAUAUUUUUGUUUUUUGUGGAACUUACUUUCAGUGCAUGCUUCUUGAUUAUCUUUGCUGGUUGAUUGUCACAAGUUUGUAGUUUGUAAACUUGGAAACGAGAAUGAAACAGUUGAAGCUGAU